GGCCCCGGGCACUCCACGGGUGAUCAGCGUUCCGUCCGCGAUGUCGCGCUCCGUCGUGGGCUUGGCACUGCUCGCGCUGGUCUUGUUCCCCGGCCUGGAGUGCGUCCAGCGUACUCCGAAUGUUCAAGUGUACUCUCGUCAUCCAGCGGAAAACGGAAAACCUAAUUUCCUAAACUGCUAUGUAUCUGGGUUCCAUCCACCCCAGAUUGAAAUUGAAUUGCUGAAAAAUGGGGUGAAGAUGGAAAAUGUGGAGCAAUCAGACCUGUCUUUCAGCAAGGACUGGUCUUUCUAUCUCCUGGCCCACACUGAAUUCACGCCCAAUGAUAAGGAUGAGUAUUCCUGCCGUGUGAAACAUAUCACUCUCGCCAAGCCUAUGAUAGUUAAGUGGGAUCGAGAUUACUAAUCAACAGCAUGGAGGUCUGAGGAUACCUCGUUUCAAUUAGAGUAUUUCAGGAUUUGUUUCUUUUUAAUGAUGAUAUGUUUGUAUACAUCAACUUAAAAUGAUUGGCAUCAUCUUUAUAAUCCUACUUAUAAAUACAGUUUCCAUGUUUUCUAUACUUCUGGGAAAAAUUGAAGGCUAACAUUUGUGUCUUAGAUAUCUCAAAAGUAAUUAAUAACAUAUCAGUAAGAAUCUUGAUUGAAAACCUCAUGCCUAAAAGCUAUUCUUAGGGGUGGGGAUCCAUAGUUUGGGAUGCCUGUAUCUCUCACUGGCGCACCGAUCAAGUCCUGACUGUUCCAUGCUUCUGACCCAGUUUUCUGUUAAUGCACCUGGAAGACAGCAGAUGAUGGCCUGAGUACUUCAGUUUCCCCAGCACAUGUAGGAGAUCUGAUAAUAUUCCUGGAUUCAUCCUGGCCUACACCUGGCUGUUGCAGUUGUUUGGGGAGUGAACCAACAGAUGGAAAAUAUAUUUCUCUGUCUUACUUUCACUCUCUGACAGUCUGCCUUUCAAAUAAAUAAAUAAAUCUUUAAAAAAUAAAA